UGGGCGAGGUUUCAUCUUGACAGCUUCAUUUGGUGGUUAUCGGCACGGAUGCGGUAAUUGGCAUUGGCAUUGGCAUUGGGACCGGUGGCCGUACCGGUGCAACCUGGUAGAAAUGAGGUAGCACUGGAUGACGGUAUAACGAAGAGUAGAUGGGAGUGGUAGAGGCAAGUUAAUUUUCCCUUUCGGGCGCUGACUGACUCUUUGCUUCACUCGAUUCUUUCAUCCUGUAAUUUCCUCUUUUUCGCUCUCUCUCACUGUCCUCCUCUCUCGCUUCGUUAUCGUUGGCUAUGGUUUGCUUUCCCCUCUAAUCUGAUUGUUAUCACCAUCGUUAUCACCAUGGUUAAUCCCCUCCGGUCCCUCGCUCUGCUUCCUCUCCUCUCCGGCCUUUUCUCGCCGGUAACCGCCUCAACCCCGAAUCUCCAGGUCCAGGAACCAAAUCAGGCACAAACCCAAGCCCACGUAGCCAUCCUCCCCGCCUCUGCGACUUCCGACGAUGCCUUUCCCUCGUGCGCCGUGAACUGCUCGCUCCUCCAACAGGCACAGACCGACUGUGUGUCUGUGUCUUCGUCUUCAGCGCCCGACGACGACGACGAUGACGACGACGACCAUGCGACGAUCGCUUCGUGUUUCUGCCAAUCUAGCCUGAUCGAUCGACUCCAUAGCGGCCCGGAUGGAGUUUGCGACCAUGUUUGCACUGCCUCCGAUCGCGCCUUGCUCCACGCCUGGUACGGCAGAUAUUGCGCCGGAAAGAAAAAUAUCAAAAGAGAAACAGACAACACAUUGGAGGAUACAGAAAUGGCACCAACCCAAAAAAUUUCUACCCUGAAGGCGAGAGGCGGGGGUGAUUGGUGGUCGACUCACUACCAAUGGAUCAUCAUGGUCAUCGUCCUCAUCAUAGGCUUCACCAUCCUCACCGUCCUAGGCGUCUGGCUCAAGCGCCGCCACGACGCCAAAUACCCCCAUCUCUACCACGGCGGCAGUCGAGACAGCAGCGGUCUCCUGCUCAAUCGCCAGCAACAGUCCGACCCGAUUCUCAACCAGCCCGGUUCCUUCGAUCCGAGUCUCGAAAUGGCUCAGCCUCGUCGCUUCGAAGGCGCGAAUACGGACUCGUUUGCUAGUAGCUCGCGCACAGAGGUUACCAAUCCUCGAACUGGACGCACACCGUCGCGGACUCGGUUGCAGCGGCCGAUGCAGUCGCCUAGGAGCAGUGACUUUGAGAUCCGGGAGGCGUCUCCGCGGUAGUUUUUCGCGAUUAUAUUUCUUCUCUUGUUUUUAUUCCGGCCACCGACUACAAUAUACGAUACCAAGAUCUCUGGAUGGCACAUGCAAUCAAGACCGCGCGACUUUAUCUGUCGAGGUAAUCUUGCAUUGAUCGGCGUUGUCGGGAAUGUUUGAUGAUAUUGGUUUAUUUAUGCUAUGGGUUAUUGUUUGUUGACUUUUAUUGUUUUAAAUGACCGUGAAUUGACUUUUGUUCCAACAUUAUUGCUUUUGUAGUCGUGAUUAACCAACGUAAUUCCCGACUGAGCUGCG